CUUGCGCCGGAGGUGUCAGGAAGUCGAUCGGUUCGCCCGAUCAUUCGACACGUGUCCUACCUUCGUCCUCUCCCAUCUUCCCCUUCUCUUCCGUCAUCCGCGUCGUCCCUCGACCGCGAGGAGGAAGACGACCACCUCGACUACCUUGAUCCCUCUUCUUCUCAGCCCUCGUCUCCCUCGCCAUCACCAUGAGCUUUUCCGUCGAACAAGUCACCAACGAGCGGCUAAUGGUACCCGGGGGUGCCAUCUCUGCAAUCCAGCAAGUGCAGCGUCCUCAACUGAGUCCAGAUCUUCUUCGAUUCGCGAUUGUCUUUAGUACAACUGCCAUCCACGUGGCGACGGAGUUCCGAUUGACGCAGGACGAGGCGACACUUGUAUUGGCCGAGGUGUCGGUCUUCCUACGCGUGUCUCCACCUGGUGAGAGCCACAUAUCCGUCAUUGUCGUCUUCAUAGGCGACAUCACGACGCUGCAUCCGGCGAGGCAUACCGAGAUCUUCCGACAGCUCCGGGGCUGGGCAACAAACAUCACGACUGCAUGGGUGCGAUUGCUGGCUCGGUCGCACGAUCGCCUCGUGACAGCCAAUGACGUCGAUCUCCAGCUUCGGGUCUCCUCCACCGCGCUAGAGUCUGCUGUGGACGCCGCUCUAUCCUUCAGAAUCAGGGAGUUCGAUGUGUCGAUUCUGGACGCGACCAAGUGGGCAGAGUGGUGGCACGCUUACAUGGCACUAAGCUUCUACCUCCUCGAAGUCGUCUUCCAUUGGGCAAAGCCUACUGACAAGAGUAAGGAGGACGAGAUAUUGGACGACGAGGUGGAGUUAUUGAUUAUUCAAGUCUGGAGAACGGACAAAGAGGGAGAGCUUCUGGGGAUCCUGUUUAGAGAAGUGCGAGAUGGCCACCUGGAUUCGAUUACGGACAAGUCGUUGAUGUUUUUGGCCCAACUACUGGACGAUCUGCCUUUGGAGAUCCUCUCGCGCUCCGACGAGAGGCCGGGGACGGGCACGCUCGCUCUGAACGUAGGAGAAACCAGCGAGGAAACCGGAGAGGAGAAAGAGGAAGAAGGAGCAACCGAGGAGGAGAUCUCCGAGGUCGAUCAUCUUCAGUACACGAAAGGAGAGGAAACGCUUGAGGAGGAGGAAUCAGAGGUUGGGUCGGAUGAUCCCGAUUAUCACGAAUCGGAGGACACCGAGUCAGAAGAGGCCAGCUCGGGACGGGAGGAGUAUGAGGAGGGAGAGGGCGGAUCGGGUGAAUUGAGUGGUCCUGCCGAGCUGAGGAGGGAGGAGAAAGAGGUCGUGGCGCAAAGAAGACGGGCAGCGACGGAAGGCAAGUGGCCGAUCGAGGAAUCAGAAGGGCCGCCACCGCAACUGCUGCAGGGCGAUCCGAUGCUUAAUCCAGAGCUGCCACAGGAGGAGAUCGAGAGAAAUGGAGGUGCCACUGCAGAGGGAUCAGGGAGCAGACGCCGCCGAAAAAGUGAAUCACCGGCUCAAUCCUCUCCACGGCCCAGCCUUCGCCUACGUCGAGAUGCGGGCGCUCGGGCUUCGUCCCCGAUCAUUAUACCGUCGUCCCCGUGACUUCCUCACCCUUCAGCAGCUCAUAGGCCGACCCCCAUUCCCUGACAGGCUACGUGGCAUCAUCGGUC